AUGGCAGGUAUUAAAGUUGGAUCAGGUACCAGCCGCAACGGCAAGUAUCAAAAACAAAGCAAGAUUCAAUGCAUCGAGAGUGAGGACAUUGUCCUGUACCAGCCAUUUCAAACGACCUUAUACGCCAUUUCCAAGAAUGGCUGGGAUGAGAUCUUACAUAGGCACGAUCAUUGGAUGCAGGACCAUGAAGUAAACUUUGUACGGGGGAACUGGUUCCGAUUCUGGGAGAAAAUGUAG